AUGGUUGAGGGUGAAUCAAGCAAUGCAAGGGAAAGAAGGCUUAAGAUGCAAGCCGAUUUGGAGAGGAUGAAUCAAAGGAUGGAAGAAUCUGAUGCAGAGGGGUAUGUGUACUCUGAGGAAGAAUCUGAGAAUGAGAGAUUGAUAGAGGAGAGGAGGACCAAAAAGAGGAAUGACCCCAUUAGUAGUGAGAGUGAACAAGGGGAGUUUGAGAUUGGAGCUAAGUUUGGGGGUGCCAACUCGAGCUCGAUCGAGUUGGGUGUAAAAACCAGAAAAGUGGUCUUUUGGAGCAUUCUGGAGCAUAUGGGACAUAAGGAGCAUGGAGGGACUUGGCACAUGGAAGCAGCUCAACUGGAUACGCAAAGGAAGAAGGGAGAAGCCAUCUUGAAGACCAGCUCGACUCGACCAUCUACUCGACCGGCCAAGCUUCAACUCGAUCGAGCUUCAAAGUCAAACCCGAAAAAUGUUGCACUUGACCCUAAACCUUGUAUUUAA